AUGGAAACUCUUGACUUUGUCGUGGUUGGAGCAGGUUGGGCAGGACUGGCUGCGGCAAAGACACGCCACCAGCUGCAUCUUGAGGAAUCCAUGGCUAUCAUCGACUCGGCUUCUACUCUGGGCGGCACUUGGGCAGAGCAUCGCCUAUAUACUGGCCUCAACACCAACAACAGAUUAAGCACUUAUGAGUAUCCGGAUUUCCCGAUGGACACGGACACUUUUGGUACGAAACUAGGCGAGCACAUCCCUGGCGAGGUGGUACACAGAUACCUAAAUAUGUACGCUCAGCACUUUGGCAUAUACGACAAAAUGCGUUUUGAGCACAAGGUUGAAAUAGCAGAGCAUCAAGAAGAUGGCGGCUGGAUUUUGACAGUGAGCAACACAAAAGCCGGCAAGGUUGUCAUGAUCAAGGCCAAGAAACUUGUCCUCGCUACCGGUGUCACUUCUGAGCCUUUCCUGCCACAUAUUGAAGGCCAAGAGGGGUUCGGAGUUCCGCUUUUCCACGGAAAAGACUUGCUCAGACAUGAGGACACCUACAAGACUGCCAAAUCAGUGACAGUAUUCGGUGGUACAAAGUUGGCUUGGGAUGCCAUAUAUAACUAUGCAACCAAAGGGAUCCAAGUGGACUGGGUCAUCCGAGAGUCUGGGCACGGUCCUGCGUGGAUGUCUCCUUCGAUAGUUACGCCUUUCAAGAAGCUCCUUGAGACACUCCCACAUAUACGCAUGCUAAGUUGGUUCAGCCCAUGUACUUGGGGUGCAGCGGACGGUUAUGCAAAGAUUCGCCGGUUUUACCAUGGAACUUUUAUUGGGCGAGCCAUCGUCGACACGUUCUGGAAAAUCCUUGCCAAUGAUGUCCACGGACUCAAUCAAUAUGACUCUCAUCCCGAGACGGCUAAGCUCAAACCAUGGAGUAGUAAUCCAAUGUUUGUGGCCACAAGCUUGUCUAUUCUCAACUAUGAGACAGACUUUUUCGACCUUGUCAAGAAUGGUUUGAUUAGGAUUCAUAUUGCCGACAUCGAGAGCUUGAGCAGUCAGACUGUACACUUAUCCAAUGGCACGAAGUUGCAUACAGAUGCGAUGUGCUGCGUGACAGGGUGGAAACACGUUUCACCCAUCAAGUUCCUUCCUGAAGGCAUUGAGGAAGAAAUAGGCAUUCCACACACCCCGUCUCCAGAGUCAUUCCCUUCCAAGCCGCUUCUGGACCAGAUCGAUAAAGAAAUCUUCGACCAGUUCCCUCGUCUCAAGAAUCAGCCAGUGAAAAGGGGGGCAAACGGCAAAUAUCAACCGCUACUGGACAACAAAGGUAUCUCAAGUACAGAUGCAAUCACGCCUUCGACGGUGCUGACACCGUAUACGUUAUACCAUUUCAUCGCACCGCCAUCAGGUCGGUUCCUGAAAUCUCGAGACAUCGCUUUUGUGGGAAUGGUGCACAACUUCGGCACGACCAUGGUUGCCCUUAUUCAGUCAAUAUGGGUCAGCGCCUAUUUUGAUAAUGAAAUCCCAUCAUUGCCUCGCAACCCUUCGCCCGACUUCCUAGCUCGCUUGCAGCAUGAUACAGCGCUCCAUAGUCGGUUUGGGAAAUGGAGGUACCCUUAUGGAUAUGGACACAUUUAUCCAGAUUUUGUGUUUGACGCGGUUCCGUACAUGGAUCUUCUCCUGAAAGAUUUAGGCUUGCCGAUUUACCGCAAGAACGGCUUAAUUGCUGAGAUAGCACAUCCAUACGGUCCAAAGGAUUAUAGCACAUUAGUGCAAGAGUGGAAGAUGAAACAGAUGGGGACAGACGCUCCAUGGUAUCAAUGGCUGCACUCGCUGAACUACUAG